GGAGGCGAUGAACGAGAUGGAGGAUGACGCGAUGAGCAAGUCGGUGGAUGUUUCUGCGAUUAGUGGGAAGGUUGAUGAUGACUUGUGGAGUCUUUCUGAUACGGACAGUGUGGAUGCGAAGCUUGUGUGGUUGGAAGCUUGUGGGUGUGAAAUGAAUCCGGGACCGAACACGCUUGCACUUCAUGGACAGAUCUCUGUUGAAGGUCAGUAUUUCAGUCGUGGUCUGCUAUGUGAGUUAGGCUCUUUGCAGUACUUUCUUGAUCGCGUCCCGACGCCAAGGAGACAACAAGGAAUCGUUGUUCUUCCUCGCAACCCUGAUGUGACAAUUUCUAUCAACAAAAGUGACGGAGGAUGAACACGAAAUGAAGGUCAACUUUCAUCUUUAAUAUUCAGUGCUUCUACUAUAGUAUCGAAACAGACCAGUAACUAGAAGCAAACAACUAUGAACACAGCUCUACGUAUGUAUAGCAUGUACUAAUGGUUAGUGAUACUAGAAUCACAUGAUCAAUUCAUACAA